AUGUAUGCAUCUCUGUUCAUCAAAUCAAUACAACCAUCAUCGCUUCACAACACAACACGAUACAUUAACAAACGAUACGUUCGACUUCCUCUCUCUCUCUCUCUUUCCCCCCGCAUGAUAUUACUGUUUUUCAUUUUCUUCUUUCCUUCCUCUUCUCCAUUUCUUUCCUCUUUUUAUUGUUCUUUCAGUCAUCAUUAUUUCUCCUUUUUCUCUUUUUUUCUUUUUUUUCUCCCUUAUUUCGAUUUUUGUGUCAUUAUGUCGAUUCCUAUUUUUUGUUUUGUUCUUGUUUUUCGUCGUCUUUGCUUACUUCCCCACCUUCCCACUCCCUUCUUUUCCCUUUUUUCUUCUGUUACUUUAGUUUUUCUUUCUUUUUUCGUUUCUCUUCUUACCCUUUUUUUAUUUUCUUUCCUCUUUCCUUUCUUUCUUUUCUCUCUUUCCUCUCUUUUUUCUCUCUUCUCUUUUUCUUCUUCUCUUUUUCUCUUCUCUUUCUCUCUUCUCUUUUUUUUCUCUUCUUUUUUCUCUUCUCUUUUUCUCUCUUCUCUUUUUCUCUCUUCUUUUUCUCUCUUCUCUUUUUUCUCUUCUCUUUUUUUUCUUCUCUUUUUUCUUCUCUUUUUUUUCUCUUUCUUUUUCUCUUCUCUUUUUCUCUCUUCUCUUUUUUUCUCUUUCUUUUUUCUCUUUCUUCUCUUCUUUUUUCUCUCUUCUCUUUUUCUCUCUUUUUUCUCUCUUCUCUUGUUGUUGUUGUUCUUGUUCUUUCCCUUUUUUUAUUUUCCUUUCUUGUUGUUGUUCUUCUUCUUCUUUCCCUUUUUUCUUCUCCAUUUCUUUUUUUUUUCUUCUACUUUCUUCUUAAAAAGAAUAAAGUAG